UUCACUUUGCUUCUUAUAACCCCAUCUAAGCUCUCCUCCCCAUAGAAGAAUCUCUCUCUCUCUCUCUCUCCAUUAAAGUUCUCAACUUCCAAGCUCUCCCACCCAGAACUCUGCUAUAAACUCUGCUCUAUACGAUCGCGCAUAAUAAGUUUCUUCCGUCUUUGCUGAGAAAUUUGGUUUGACGUAGCGAGAGCGAUCUCUCGGCCUCUAAAACUGCCUACAUUAUAGGAAUUGUCACCGCCUGUUUCUUCGGUCAUAGGCUUUGGAUAUUUUACUUCUGGGGGAAAUUCUAUGUCCGUUGCUUUUGCUUUCUAGACUAUGAACGGUUAAGUCAAUUGGGAAUUCAAAUUCAGAACUGAAACUAGAAAAAAAUAGCUAUGGUGGGUGGUGAAGUCUAUGGAAGUGCUUCAAACAUGAGCGUCUUACUUCAAAACGAAAGGCUUCCUUGUUCAUCUGAGGUUCUCGAGCCUCUUUGGAUUCCCGGCGGCUCUAAUCCCUCUUUGCACGCUUCAAAAUCCAUGGUUAAUUAUGAGGAUGUUAAUGGAGGAGACGCAGCAGCUAGGCCAUUUUUCCAACCGCUCGAUAAAGAUGAAAGUGUUGAUGAUGAUUAUGAUGGGUGCUUUCAUCAGCCGGGAAAGAAAAGGCGACUCACUGUCGAUCAAGUUCAGCUUCUUGAGAGAAAUUUUGAGGUGGAAAACAAGCUGGAACCAGAGAGGAAGGUCCAACUUGCAAAGGAACUCGGUUUGCAGCCUCGGCAAGUUGCCAUAUGGUUUCAAAACAGGCGUGCUCGUUUCAAGAUCAAACAACUGGAAAAGGACUAUGACUCAUUGAAAGCAAGUUACGAUAGGCUCAAGGUUGACUAUGACAAUCUCCUCGAGGAGAAGGAAAGCUUGAAAAAUGAGGUUAUUUCCCUGAAGGAAAAAUUCCUCGUUAGAGAGAAAGUUAAGAAAAAUGUGGAACCACUUGAUGCCACCAAGUUGUCAAGUGCAGAAACCCAAGAACCAAUUCCUAAUGCAGCUUCUGAAAUUAUGUCCAUUGUAGCAAUACCGGUGUGUAAACAGGAAGAUGCAAGUUCGGCCAAAAGUGAUGUUUUUGACUCUGACAGCCCACAUUACACUGAUGGGAACCAUUCGUCAUUGUUAGAGCCAGCGUAUUCGUCCCACGUCUUUGAACCAGAUCAGUCGGAUUUCUCACAAGAUGAAGAAGAUGAUCGCAGCAAGAUGCUAUUGCCCCAAGCAUUCUACCUGAAAGUUGAAGAUGGGUGCAAUGAGCCUGCAAAUUACUGUAAUUUUGGUUUCCCUGUGGAGGACCAGCCCCUUCUUUACUGGAAUUACUGAGUUCAUGUCGUUUGUAACAUGAGCUUUUAAAUUUCUAGAUGAUGAGAUUGUGCAAUGUUUAGAGUUCUGAGUCGUAGUUAUGGUUAAACAAUCAAUAAAUCCAAUCACCUUUGGUCUUAA